AUGCGUUUCUCUAUCCGCCUUGUCGCUGCCCUGCUGGCCGCCGUGCCCUUGGCCGCCGCCUACCCGCCGGAGCUUUCACGCAACACCAGAGAGUUUUGCAAGAGCGAGCCCAGCCCGGAGCUGCUGGCCCUCCAUGAGAAGAUUGUCAAUGAGGACCAGCCCACCAUGGACAAGAUCGCCAAGGGCGAGGAGAUAAUCCAGGACGCUCUCCGCAAGGGGGACAGCGGCCUGCACGGCCGUGCCCCGGGCAUGACGGUCACCAAGCGUGAGACGGGAGAGCUCAUCACCCUCGACGCCUGGUUCCACGUUGUCUACAACAGCAACUCUACCGAAGGUGGCUACAUUACCAAAGCCAAGCUCCAGGAACAGCUCCAGGUCCUCAACAAGGCCUAUGACCCCAGCAACCUCGCCUUCAACCUCGUCGGCACCGACUACACGCUCAACGCGACCUGGGCCAACGACCCGGACGCGUACGAGACGCCCAUGAAGACGGCUCUGCACAAGGGCGACUCGCGCACGCUCAACAUCUACUUUGUCCCCGGUCUCGGCAACGGCGGCGUCUGCAUCUUCCCCAACAUGAACGCCUACGGCUACGAGGCCCUCGCCCUCGACGGCUGCAUGGUCGGCUCCUUCUCCGUCCCGGGCAGCAAGGGCCCCUACAAUCUGGGCUUCACCGCCGUCCACGAGGUCGGCCACUGGUUCGGCCUGCUGCACACCUUCCAGGGCGGCUGCGACGAGAAGCGCGGCGACUUCAUCGCCGACACCCCCGCCGAGGCGUCGGCCAACGUCGCCAGGUGUCCCGCCGGCCGCGACACGUGCCCGGACCUGCCCGGUCUGGACCCCAUUGAGAACUACAUGGACUACUCCAACGACGCUUGCUACAGCACCUUUACUCCAGGCCAGACGAACCGCAUGCGCUCCCUGCUGUCUUUGGUUCGUCUUGGCAACAUUUGA